AUGGCAAAACCUAUCUUCUGUACUCCAUUCAUAACUCUAUUUGCCCUCUUCAUUCUUUUGACCAUCACUCCUUCACAUUCCAACAACCAUACCGAUCUCGAAGCACUUCUAGCAUUCAAGAAAUUCAUAAACAACGAUCCACUCCUGGCUUUGAGCUCAUGGAACGAAACAACACAUUUCUGCAGGUGGAAUGGCAUCUCCUGCAGCAAAAGGCAUCCAAACAGAGUCGUCUCUGUUUCGCUGCGGUCUCAAGGCCUCAUGGGAUGGCUCUCACCUCACGUAGGUAACCUUUCAUUCCUCAAAACCAUGGACUUGCAAAACAACAGCUUCCGCGGCACAAUCCCUCAGGAGAUCGGUCGCCUCAGAAGGCUUCGAGUGAUCGAGUUUAGUAAAAAUUCUUUCGUAGGUGGAAUUCCAACAAACCUAUCACAAUGCAUACAUCUUUAUCACCUGAAUUUGAUCGACAAUAAGCUCAGUGGAGGCAUAGUCCCCGAGAUAGCUUCUCUUGUCAACCUCCAAUCUUUAGGCUUGUCGGAGAACAUGCUAUCAGGGAAUAUCCCACCUGUCCUAGGAAACCUCACAAAUCUAUUACAACUUGGGUUGGGAAAUUGCGGUUUGCUAGGAGAGAUUCCGGAAUCUCUAGUUAAACUUAGAAGAUUGUGGAGGCUAAAUAUGUAUGAGAAUAAUCUAACUGGUUCUGUUCCAAUCGGUCUCUAUAAUAUUUCGAGUUUGGCAUUUGUGAUGUUGAAUAAUAAUCAACUCCAUGGAAACAUACCUUCCUUUACACUUCCCAAUUUGAGGGCCCUUGGUCUUGCCUUCAACCGUUUCACUGGAGAGCUUCCGGCUUCAAUGUCAAAUUCUUCCAUGCUUGAAUUCAUAAGUGUGUCAUCAAACAAUUUCACAGUAAAUAUACAUGAUUUUACUAUGCUUCCAGCUCUCCAAUAUCUUUUGGCUUCAUCUAGCAAUUUGAAGGGAGAUAUUCAUACUAUUAUAUCAUCCCUAACAAACUGCACUCACCUUAGAGUUUUGGAGUUGUCCUUAAACCAUUUCACUGGUCCAUUGCCAGAGUCCAUUGGCAAUCUUUCCAGCCAAUUGUCUUUCCUAAAUAUUCGUCAUAACCAGUUAAGUGGUAGAAUUCCGUCUAGUAUAGGAGAUCUCGUCCGUCUAACUGUUUUUUCAGCUAGUUCCAAUAGCCUCGAAGGUCCAAUUCCUUGGUCGAUCGGAAAACUUCACAGCUUGCAAGAAAUCUACCUUGGACAAAACAGGCUGACAAAUGAGAUGCCGGUAUCAUUUGGCAACUUGACUUUGUUGAACUAUCUCAACUUGCAGCUAAACAAUCUUUCUGGGAGUAUACCUCGAAGUCUUGGCAACUGUACCAACUUGUUAUUCUUAGAUCUCUCAGAUAACAACCUCAGUGGUUCAAUACCUUCUGAAAUUAUGAGUAUUUCAUCCCUUAACAUCUCACUUAACCUAUCUUACAACGCCUUGACGAGUACUAUUCCAUCAGAAGUUGGGUCUAUGAUCAAUCUUGGGACAUUGGACUUGUCCCACAAUAGAUUAUCCGGAACCAUUCCAUCAGAAGUUGGGGCUAUGUCCAAUCUUUGGGCAUUGGACUUGUCUCACAAUAGAUUAUCCGGAACCAUUCCAUCAGAAGUUGGGACUAUUUUCUAUCUUGGGGUAUUGGACUUGUCCUACAAUAGAUUAUCCGGAACCAUUCCAUCUUCAUUGGGUAGAUGCUUCAUCUUGAAUCAGCUUCUCCUUGCGAGGAACUCUCUUCAGGGAAAGAUACCUGACGGUAUAAGGACUUUGAAAAGUUUACGAUAUCUGGAUCUUUCGCAAAAUAACUUUUCAGGGAUGAUCCCAAGAUAUCUGGCCGAGUUUCAUACUAUGCUAUAUCUCAACCUUUCUUUCAAUAUGUUGAAAGGUGAAGUCCCUAUUUUGGGAGUUUUCCUAAAUGAAAAUGCAAUCUCACUUCAAGGAAACAAUGGCUUGUGUGGAGGUAUUGCAACCCUAAAUCUUCCUUCUUGUUCAUCAUCACAAAAAAUUAACAAGAAAAGUUUAGGAAAGAUCUUGAUCCCAACUGUUGUUGGAGCCAUAUGCCUCGGCCUUGUAGCAUGUUUCUGUGUGAUCAUUACAUACAGGCGACAUACAUUGCAAAAUGUUGGAACCUCCAAUUUCCAAGUGCCAGACUUUUUGAGGCUAUCUUAUGCAGACCUACUGAGUGCCACAAGUGGGUUCUCAGAAGCUAAUCUAAUCGGUGCAGGGAUAUUUGGAUCUGUAUAUAAAGGAACUAUCAAUGAUGAUGACGAUGAGCAGACGGAUGUAGCAGUAAAGGUUCUUAAUCUUAACUUAAGAGGAGCUUCUAAGAGUUUUGCAUCAGAAUGCAAUGCAUUAAGAAACAUAAGACACAAAAACCUGCUCAAGAUUGUGAGUGUGUGUGACAGCACUGAUUAUCACGGGAAUGAUUUUAAGGCAUUGGUGUAUGAAUUCGUGGCCAAUGGAAGCCUCGAGAACUGGCUGCAUUAUGAGAAUGAAGGCAGGGGAGCUCUAAGUGCUAUUCAGAGACUCAAUAUUGCCAUAGAUAUUGCAUCGGCAGUUGAGUACAUGCAUUGUGGAACUGAUUCCAUAGUUAUUCAUGGAGAUUUGAAGCCGAGUAACGUUCUCUUGGAUAAAGACAUGGUCGCCAAAGUUGGUGAUUUUGGUUUAGCCAAAAUUGUUUCACAAAGCUUGUCAUCCACGGAAGGAAGCAGUUCAUCUGCAAUAAAGGGUACAAUAGGCUACAUUGCUCCAGAGUAUGGCGUGAGCCUCGUUGCGACAACUGAAGGGGAUGUAUACAGUUACGGAGUUCUUGUGCUUGAGAUGUUCACAAACAAAAGACCAACAAGUGAUGCAUUUGAAGGGUGCCUAAAUCUCCAAGACUUCGUUAGCACAGCCUUAACCGACCAUGUAACAGAAGUAGUGGAUCCAUUUUUGCACCAAGAACUUAAUGUGGAUGAAAAGUAUUGGGAUUGCGUUGUUUCAGUUCUGAGGAUUGGAGUGAGAUGCUCGAAGCAGCUUCCAAGAGAUCGCAUGUCGAUGGCAGAGGUUGUUAAUAACUUGAAAAAGAUUAAAAAAGUGUUUCCAGCUUAUAGAAAUGGUUAAAAU